ACAAUCACAAUUGUUAAAACUCGUUGAAAUGGAUUGCAAAUUCAUUGUGCAGUGAUAUUUAGGUUCGUUUUUAAUUCUCAAUCUUAUGUUUGUAGUAUUUUUCACCUUUUUUUGAUUGUUUAAACCUUUCUCCAAUCAACCCUUGGACACUACUCAACCCAGCAAAUGUCUUUUAAUACUGUUCACCGGCCUGAGAGAAGUGUUAAAUAUGCUCUUUUGGCCAUUUCUCUUACUUACAUAGUCAUUGUUUACUCUGUUUACCUCAAUUUUCCCAAAUUGUCUGAGACUGAAAAGCUAAAAGUGAAAAUACCAAAGAAUGAAGAGGAAGUCAGAAAUUUGGCUUCUGUUUUGGUUAAAUAUCGGGAUAAUAAUUAUUUAGUUUUGUUUUUCGCCAUAACUUCAUUGUAUAUUUUACUUCAAUCAUGUGCUAUACCUGGCUCCAUUAUGUUGAGUCUUUUGUCAGGCUAUCUCUUUCCAUUGCCUGUAGCUUUAUUUCUCAUUUGUUUGUGCUCAGCCACUGGAGCAUCAAUUUGUUACUGUAUUUCAUACUGCUUCGGUCGAGAACUGGUUCUCAAAUAUUUUCCGGAACGAGCAGCCGAAUACCGAGCAAAAGUUGCCAAAAACAGACCAUUCUUACUAUCAUACAUUCUGUUUCUCAGAAUAACCCCUAUUAUACCGAACUGGGUCAUCAAUCUUGUUUCACCACUCAUAGAUGUACCUCUUUCUACUUUUUUCUGGGCCACUUUCUUCGGAGUAGCGCCACCCUCAUUUCUUCAUAUACAAACUGUUAAAACAUUAGAGAAGAUUGUUUCCAGUGAUUCUUCACAUUUUAGUUAUUCCAAUCUUGGCAUUCUUUUGAUUUGUGCUACUUUGGCUCUUUCACCAGUCAUUUAUAAAUUUAAACAGAAAGGAGAGAAAUCUGUGGAAAACAACAAGUCAAAUGAAUGUUUACAUGUUGGUUAGACUGAAUAUACCAAAUCAUCGUCAUUGAAAAUUCAAUUUUUAAGUAUUUACCCUGAGUGAAACUGGUCGCUCUCUUAUUGGAGUUGAUUCAAUUUUUGCUGUAAAUAAUGUAAAAAAACAACAAAUAACUCGUGUUAAAACUAUUUAGGUUUCAUCCUAAAUGUCUGAUCUCAGAAUCAUUUUUUUAGUUACAAUAUCAGGUCCAUUGUAAUCGAAAAUUGAUUAAACUGUUGAAUUUAACUAUUUUCAAGUUUCGACAAUACACUUAGUGCCUGUCUAUUGUCGAGACUAAAUUUGGUUUGAUUGAUCAACCUAUUAAUUUUUGAUGACUUUUACAAACCCUUGCUUUUGUAUUAUAUUUAUGUUCAUCUAAUUGUGACCUCAUUAUUAGCUCAAUUCAGGCCUUUAUAAUGUUGCAUUAAUCUGAGCAAAAAUCAAGAUUUCUCUUUUUUUUAUAAAUUAAAUCGACAGAGUCCAAAGAAUAAUAA